AUGUCGUCCUCCUCGCGAGGACGCGAGGGAGGCAUGGGCGGGAAAAUCGCCGAAGGUCUCGGCAAGCUGCCCGACGACGAUGCAGCUGAGCGAAUGCGCGACGACGGUCCAGCCGACGUGGCGGAAGACGGUCCAGCCGAAGUGGCGGAAGACGGUCCAGCCGAGGUGUCGGAAGACGGUCCAGCCGAGGUGUCGGAAGACGGUCCAGCCGAGGUGGCGGAAGACGGUCCAGCCGAGGUGGCGGGAGACGGUCCAGCCGAGGUGACGGAAGACGGCGGUCCAGCCGAGGUGACGGAAGACGGUCCAGCCGAGCUGCUGCCAAACGACGGUCCGGCCGAGCCAUUGGAGGCCGUUCCGAUCGAGCUGCCGGACGAUGGUGCAGCCAAGCUGCUCGAGAAAGCCGGAAGCGGCGCAAGCUUCGGAUCCGCUGGCGAAGGAGACUCGGUGGACGAGGAAGAGGCGAUGGCGGACGGCGGCACGACGAGACCGAGUCUUGCGAGCCUCUCAGCAGAGCCCAGAGAGAAUGAUGGUCCAGCUUGCACGGUGUCCAUUGGGACAGUGGACUGCGUUGUCGAGGGCUCGGAUGCCAUGCGGACUCGCUUGCGAGGUACGUCCUCGUUGCGCUCCAGCCUCUCUCGCUCGAUCUCUGCCGCACCGCCUUCCACAUCAUCGCGGGCCUCAUCGGUCGCGGCGUGCGUCUCGCUGGCCGACGGCCGCGUCAUAGCGAGCAUGCGACGGCGGUCGCGCUGA